AUAAACACACUAAUCUCUCAUCACCACUUCCUUCUCUAACUCUCUCACUCUCUCACCAUGGCCACUGCCGCGCCGCCGCUUAAAGACGAGCUCGACAUCGUGAUACCGACGAUCCGAAACCUCGACUUCCUGGAGAUGUGGAGGCCUUUCCUCCAACCUUACCACCUCAUCAUAGUCCAAGACGGCGACCCUUCCAAGACCAUCAGAGUCCCCGACGGCUUCGACUACGAGCUCUACAACCGCAACGACAUCAACCGCAUCCUUGGCCCCCGCGCCUCCUGCAUCUCCUUUAAGGACUCCGCCUGCCGCUGCUUCGGCUACAUGGUCUCCAAGAAGAAGUACAUCUUCACCAUCGACGACGAUUGCUUCGUUGCAAGCGACCCUUCUGGUAAGCCGAUCAACGCCCUAGACCAACACAUCAAGAAUCUGUUGUGCCCAUCAACCCCGCUCUUCUUCAACACGUUGUACGACCCGUACAGAGAGGGAGCUGACUUUGUCCGGGGCUACCCCUUCAGCCUCAGAGAGGGCGUCCCCACCGCCGUCUCCCACGGCCUCUGGCUCAACAUCCCCGACUACGACGCCCCCACGCAGCUCGUCAAGCCACGAGAGCGAAACACCAGGUAUGUAGAUGCAGUGAUGACGAUACCAAAGGGCACCCUCUUCCCAAUGUGCGGGAUGAACCUGGGGUUUGACCGAGACCUCAUCGGCCCAGCCAUGUACUUUGGCCUCAUGGGAGAUGGCCAGCCCAUCGGGCGCUACGACGACAUGUGGGCCGGCUGGUGCAUCAAGGUCAUCUGCGAUCAUUUGGGGUUGGGAGUGAAGACGGGGCUGCCCUACAUUUGGCACAGCAAAGCAAGCAACCCCUUUGUGAACCUGAGAAAAGAGUACAAUGGGAUAUUCUGGCAAGAAGAGAUCAUCCCCUUCUUCCAAUCAGCCAUACUUUCAAAGGAUUCCACAACUGUGCAGAAGUGCUACAUUGAGCUUGCCAAACAGGUCAAGGACAAGCUUGGCAAAAUUGACCCCUAUUUCGUCAAGCUGUCCGCCGCAAUGGAGACGUGGAUUCAGGCCUGGGAUGACCUCAACCCCCCUGCCAAGCUGGUUCCAACCGCUAAGCUUACUAAGUGAUCACCAACACAUGUUUAACUCUGCAAAUAUCAUCACUUUUGUUAUCAUCAUUAAACAAUAAAUGGGAUACUAUAUCACAUUUUCUCACCAUCAAUAUAGUCUUCUUUCUUGAUGAACAUCACAUAUUCCAUGUCACAUUUUUAGAAAUAAGUUCAAGAUGACAACAAGACGAAGAAAUCUGGGUUUUAAAAAAAAUAUACUAUUAAUCAAGCAAAAUUGCAAGUCAAAAAUACAAACAAAACUUGUUUAGCGUGUCAUCCUCAUCAAUUAAAUAAUGAAAAUCUAAAACACAAGUUGAGUUGGAGACGUAGAAUAAUAAUAACGAUAAAAACUGGGAACAAAACUGAUGCUGGUUUGAAUGCUGAAUUUCAUGGGCUGAGAAUCUUGUGCGGUUAUUGCAUAUUUCUCUCUGCAUAGGAGAAAUGCAGCAGACUGACUCCCAGCAGCUAGGCCAAGCCAGAGUCAUAUUAUCAUAAAUUAAGGGUGGAUUCUUCUGUCUUCU